AAUGCUGUCAGCCCGAUGUAAACAAAAUACGGCGUUAGUUGAUUUUUCCUUCUUUUCGUCUGUCUGUUACACUAAAUUGUUAACUGAAAACUGUUUAAUGUGUUUACUGCUCAUUCAAAACAAUGAAUAAGUUUAGCGGAUUUUGUGAUCUUUGUGUUCCUUUGAGUAGCUCCAGUAAAGAUAUGCUUGAAAUCUUGAAAGAACUCCAAGAAUUAGGUUACAAAAAUGUAGCGAUUGAGCAGAUAUACGACCAUAUCAAUCAUCCCGGAGACAAAAAGAAUGAUCCGAUCCCUGUUGCUGCGGAUUUAAGUUUGUUUAGCAAACAUUUGAAGGGCCACCUUCGUUUACUAAAUCGGUUAACCAUCAUCUAUGCCGAUGCAAGCAUAACAGUGCUAACGAGUCGUUCUACUAAUUUACGGCGGUAUAACUUAGUGUCUGUAAUUCCGACAACAGAAGAAGCUUUUCAACAUGCUUGCCAAACAAUGCCAUGCGACAUAAUUUCUUACAACUCAGAUUCGAUACGGGGAAGGAUGUCCAGGAAGUACUACUUUAUUGCGGUGCAUCGAAACAUCAUGUUCGAGAUUAAGUAUGCUCCUGCGAUUGCCAGUUCUAAUGAUCGAAAGGAUACCAUCAACAGAGCCCACCGAUAUCACUCCUAUGGGAAAUCGAAAAAUGUGAUCAUCAGCAGCGAAGCUCGCCAUAGGUUUCAAAUAAGAGGUCCGUACGAUAUUGCCAACCUUGGUCUAAUAUUUGGGCUCAGUGAGGAGCAAUCGAAACAUGCAAUCCUUGGUGCACCAAGGAAGAUACUAACAGCCGCGGAUGCUCGACGGCACGGUAAAGCUGGUGUGGUGGUGAGCUAUCGUAACAAGGCAAUUGACAGUGAUGACUACUCAGAUUCAGAGCUGGAAGAACCGUCUAGCGAUGAUCAGGAAGAAAGCGAGGAGGACUCCGAUAAUUUACGAAUUGAAGAACCACCGAAGAAAGUAGCUAAAAUCGAUGAAAGCUAAUAAAUUUGAUGUAGAUUGUUCGCUUAGAACAAAUAAAUGGAGAGUUUCAUAUCA